AGACUGGUCGCAUCGGACAUUACCAGACGAAGUAACCAAGGCAAGCGAGACAAGAGGAUCCGGGCGUAUUCAGAGCUUAAGGCUGCGGGGUGGCGGCGCGGCUGUCACGACCUGCCGCCGCCUGGCCGCGUCGAGGCCCACGACGAGGCUACGGGCAGGCGAGGCGAGGCGGCGCGCGAGGCGAGUGUCUCCAGGCUGUAUGCUGAGCGUCAAGCACGGCUGCCUGAGUGAAGUGAGGACAGUGUUUCUUAUUAACAUCACUGCUGUGAGUGAACGUGCGGCUGCGUGUUUGCGCGCGAAGAAAUGAAAAGCUUAAGUAGAUUAUUUGACUACUAGUGACAUUCUAUAAACCUUGUUGUAUUAGACGUUUCUUCCCGUGCUUAUAAAUCAGAGUAACAGGAGAAGCAUGGCUUUCCGCCACCCCUGAGGGAAGCACCUCCAUCCCCCCCACCCCACAGGCUGCUAGCACCGCCCCCCAGGCCACCCCUCAUGCCCGCCUGACACCAUGAUCCCCAGCAUCACCGCCAACCGCUCGGCCAGCUGGGAGAAGCACGUGCACAGCCUCUUUGGCCUCCGCGCGGCGGACGGAGGGCAGGAAAAGGGCGUGAGUCUAGAUGACACGCCCUUCCUCAUCCAGGGCUCCACGCCGGACCAGACGGACACCGCGUGGCAGCAGCAGCAGCAGGGAGGCGGCCUGUCCUCGCUGCCGGCCUGGCGCGCCGCCGGCGGGGCCGAGGGCGGCGGGCGGUGGCUGCUGCAGACCGUGUCCGGCGCGCGGGGCGGCGUGCGGGAGAGCUCCACCCUGGCCAGCGUGAGUGGCCUGGUCACGGCCCAGCUGGACGACACCCGCCGCACACACCACAUUCCAGGCGCUGCCGCCGGCGACGACGACGACGGGGACGACAGUUACGUCAUCAACCUGUCCAUAGACACGGACGAAGACGGCAAGUCCGAGUGGUGGCUGCGUGCGCCGGACACGACGGAUCUGCUGCUGCUGGACACGCCGCAGAACGCCUCCGAGUGGCUCAACGAGACGCUGCUCACCUGGGAGGCGGCGAGCCACCGGCCGGCCCUCAACGCCUCCACGGCCUGCAGGAACCUGUCCUUCAACGGCUCCGGCUGCCUGCAGGAUGAGGGCUCUCCGCUGGAGGUGACGCCGGAGAGCCUGGCACUGUGCCUGCUGCUGCUGUUCUUCGCCGUGUCCACCAUCUUCGGCAACGGCCUGGUCAUUGUGGCCGUGGCCCGCGAGCGAUACCUCCACACCGUCACCAACUACUUCAUCAUGUCCCUGGCGGUUGCGGACUGCCUCGUGGGCGCCCUGGUCAUGCCAUUCAGCGCCCUCUACGACUCCUUUGACUACUGGCCGUUCGGUCCGGACUUCUGCGACGUGUGGCGCAGCUUCGACGUGCUGGCCUCCACCGCCUCCAUCCUCAACCUGUGCGUCAUCUCGCUGGACCGCUACUGGGCCAUCACGGACCCCUUCAGCUACCCGAGCCGCAUGUCGCCGCGGCGCGCGUGCAUGCUCAUCGCGCUGGUGUGGGUGUGCUCGGCCCUCAUCUCCUUCCCGGCCAUCGCGUGGUGGCGCGCCGUGUCCAAGCCGCACCCGCCCGGCGCCUGCCCCUUCACGGAGGACCUCUCCUAUCUCGUCUUCUCCUCCACCAUCAGCUUCUACGGGCCGCUCUUCGUGAUGGUGUUCACGUACUUCCGCAUCUACCGCGCCGCCACGGAGCAGACGCGCUCCCUCAAGCUGGGGCAGAAGCUGGUGUCCUCGCUGGGCGACGGUGAGAUGGAGCUGACGCUGCGCAUCCACCGCGGCGGCGGCGGCAGCACCACCAACAGCACCGGCAACGGCGUGCACCGCGCCCACUACCCGGCGGGCAAGGCGUACAUGGCGCAGGAGAACGGCGGCGUGGCGGAGGGUCAGGGCAUGGAGGACGGCGAGGCGUGUCCGCUGCCCAUGCACGAGGGCGCCUCGCCGGACAGCUCCACCAAAGUAGUGUCCAGGAACCUCAAAAACUUCUCCAUAUCGCGCAAACUCUGUAAAUUCGCGAAGGAGAAGAAGGCGGCGAAGACGCUUGGCAUUGUGAUGGGAGUGUUUAUCGUGUGCUGGCUGCCCUUCUUCGUCACCAACCUGCUCUCCGGCCUCUGCGGCGAGCGAUGCAUCCGCGAGCCCGCGCUGGUCGACGGCGUGGUCACGUGGCUCGGCUGGAUCAACUCCGCCAUGAACCCCGUCAUCUACGCCUGCUGGGCCAAGGACUUCAGGAGGGCGUUCACCCGCAUCCUGUGCUCCUGCUGUCCCCGCCGCUGCCGCAAACGUUACCAGACCAGGUGGAAGGGCGGCAUCGCGCAGAUCAUCGUCACCCCCGUCGUCUCCACCCUCAGCACGUCCUUCAUGAAGAGUGGGGAGCCGCGGCCCUGCGUCCCUUCCGGCCCCUACACCUCCGUGCCACCCGCCACCCUCGCCACCGCCCUCGUCGCGGCUACUUCGGGAGGGACCUCGAAGUAGACGCUGAAGACAAGACCAAGAGGAGACCGAUAAGACCAGGACCUCUCAAGACCCUCAGCUGGAUAUGCAUAGUCACCUACGUUACCAAAGACCACCACAGCCCUCAGAGAACCUUUAAGUCCAGAUAUCAACAGCCCCCUUAUGACCCAUAGAGAACCUUUCAAGUCCAGAUACCAAAAGACCUCUCAAGAACCUCAGCUGGAAAUGUAUAGUCGCCCAUGUUACCAAAGACCACCACAGCCCUCAGAGAACCUUUAAGUCCAGAUAUCAACAGACCAGGACCCCUCACGACCCUCAGGAGAGCCUUCAAAGCUCAGUUACCAAGAGAUGACGACGUUUCAUGAACCUCAGAAAACAAUAUGUAGUCGCCCAUGUUACCCAGACCACAUCAACCCUCAGAGAACCUUUCAAGACCAUUUAUCAAGAGACCACGACCCCUCAAGAACCUCAGAGAUCAAUGCAUAGUCGCCUGCGUUCCCCAAGACUACAUCAACCCUCGGAGAUCCUUUCAAAAUCAUGUAUCAAGAGACCACGACCCCUCAAGAACCUCAGAGAUCAAUGCAUGGUCGCCUACGUUCCCUAAGGCCACCUCAGAAGAACCUUUCAACUAGAUUAUAAAGUCGUCCAGAUACCAAGAAAACACGACCUCUUACGACCCCCAGAGGAUAAAUCAUAUUCGUUCACGUUGCCUUUCCACCUGUACCACAACCACCACACGACCACCACGACCCUCCUAGGAACCUUUGCAUAUCCAAACCCCAAGACCCACGACCUUCCUUUCAGGUGAUAUCAAGGCCACGACCACCACAAUCACCACCACCACCAGGACGACCCCCAGUCACCUCUUAGACCCUCAAGUCAACACCCGGAAGCCAUGACCAUCACACCGGACGACCCUCAGAGCAGCCAUCAAUGUCUUCGUCACCUUCCACCGGUAGCAAGACGCCUGAGGCCACAGCAAUCAUUUACUCACCUGUGUGGAGCCUCCUCUACCUGUCUGUGGUGUAUUUAAAUCUAUUAUCGUCUCGUGUUUGUUUCCAUUAAGUAGCAAGAGUCCACGAAGUCAGGUACACAGACUAUGCUAAUGGUGUGUCCCCUUGAAGUCAUUCCUCUACCCGAAUCUACACAUAUCACGCGUAUCUCUUGUUUAUAGACAGUCUCUUGAAGCAAAGUACAGAGUCUAUGGUAAUGAUAUGUCCCUCGACGCCUUCCUUGCCACCUUAUUCAGCCAACAUCACAGUCACUAGUCUCUGUUUUGUGUAGCAAGAGCCUAAGACGAAGUUCAUUAGAAUUUUCAAUAUGACAUCAAUCUAUACAUUUUCUGUUCAUGGUAUCGCCUCCUACGUUUCCCCAACACGGCAUUCACUGGACCCUCUUUUGUUGCAUUCCUUUAGGUUCAAUGUAUCCUCCUCUAACCCUUUCCUUGUCAUGGGAUCCCAAACUCACCCAUACCUCCUCUUUUUGGCAUUCCCUUAGAUUCCCUGCAACCUCUCUUUCCCUUUCCGUAUUCCUGCAUCUAUCCAGAGCAAGUCGUGGGCUCCUCAACGCGAAGCUCCCCACCCAAACCUCUUUAUAGGUAUUCCCUCACGGUCGCCACAUUCCUAUGACUUUCCCAUACUCCAGUUUCAAAAGUGAAUAGAAGACUUUUUUUUUAGUAACUUAUAAAAAUGUGAUUCUGUAGUCCUCUCACGGCUUAAACCUCUUUCAAUCCUCACCACCAAACACUCCCUUGACCCCGCCCACUCACAAUCGCUUACAAUCAUCUUAAAAUUAUCUCUGUCGUACAAUCCAGUCAGUCAUACAAAAAAAUAUACUCGUUUCUACUCGUGACAAGCAAACAUUCCCUUGUCCUCACUCACAAUCACUUACAAUCGCUUCCAGUCGUUCUACAAUCCUCCCAGUCUCACAAUCAUUUACAAUCGUUUCCAUUAGUCAUAGCCACACAUUCCCUUGUCCUCACUCACAAUCACUUACAAUCGCUUCCAGUCGUUCUACAAUCAUCCCAGUCUCAAUCAUUUACAAUCGUUUCCAUUCGUCACAGCCAAACAUUCCCUCAUUCACUCAGUCUCACAAUCCCCAUCACGUCACUUCAGUAUCUAGUCAAGGUUCAGUUUAUAUUUUCAUCCUAAAAGUCUCGUAUGAAUGCUCACGUCACCGUCACCUCAGUCAUAUCUUGCUAGUCAGUGUUGCUAGUCACGUCAUCCCUGGAUUCACUCUCUUUUCGUCUCUCAUGUCACACUCAUCACUGACUCACUUCAUCACUCACCCACCGUAGAGUAAGAAGAAAUAAAUUGCUACUGAUAUUUAUAGGUGUAUAUAAGAACGCAACACAAACACACACACAUACACACACACACUAACAUAUACACAAUUAUCAGCAUCAUCAGUAUAACCAUCAUCAGUCACCUUUCCCAACUCCACCUGGUUUUCUGUCUACCGUUAGUGUGUUCCAUCAUCCUCCGGCAAAGGUUUCAAUUUCCUCUUUCCUACCUGAUUCUCUGUAUAAUGCUAGCGUAUUCAAUUCUACUCUGGCAAAGGUUUCAAUUUCCCCUUUCCUACCUGAUUCUCUGUAUAAUGCUAGCGUAUUCAAUUCUACUCUGGCAAUGGUUUCAAUCUCCUCUUUCCAUCAGUUUCAUUGCCCGACGUUAGUGUGACCUAUCCUGCUCCGGCAUGGAUUUUAAUUUCCUCUCAACAUCAGUUUCUCUUUUCGAGGUUUAUGUACUUAAUCCUGCUCCGGCAAAGGUUAUAAUAUCCCCUCUCCACCUGAUUCUCCGUCCCACCAACACACCACCGACACCAAUCAACCAUAACAUGAAUAGGAAAAGAAAGACGCUGCUAUGGAAUCAAAGAACAUUUCCACCGUGGCUACCAAGUGAGACACGAUUCUUUGCCCGAUGUUAGUGUACUCAAUCCUGCUCCGGCAAAGGUUACAAUAUCCUUUCUCCACACCUGAUUCUCCGUCCUACCAACACACCAUCGCCACCAAUCAACCAAAAUAUGAAUACAAAAAGAAAAACACUGCACUGGAAUCAAACGAAAAUUUCCACCGUGGCUACCGGGAGAGACACAACAAAACACACACGAUUGGACCAUUAAAAUCCACACCGUCACAAACACGCACAAAGGCUGACGGGGGGGGCUGCUAACAAGGGCGCCGUAGACUGAUACUAAAAGAGACAUAGAUAACAUUGACGGUAGUAAUUGUUUUCCAGCUUGGAGCGAAAGCCAAAGGUGAUGAAUGGAGGUGAACAAAGAGUUUAAAAGUAAUGACCAAGAUAUUAUAAGAGGAGGAGGAGGAGGAGGAGAAGGAGGGGGGAUUAGGAGAAUUAGAAGGGAUAGGAGGAGGAGGAGUAGGAGGAUUAUAAAAAGCAAGGGUGAGGAGGCACUUCAACACACAACACACAACACAACACAAGGAGAGAUAUCUUAUUGGUGGAGGUUGAUAUAUAUAUAGAGAGAGGUGCGGGCGGCUGGUGGCCCUUCAAGAGAACCAAUUGAUCAACGCGUGAUGUGUGUGUGUAGGCGAGCUGUCCGGAGCGGUGUGAUGUGUGGCCUGAUAAAUUUGUGGUCGAUGCUAUAAUACAUUGCCCAGGAUAACACAUAACUCUGCAGGUCUAUAUGUGUGUGUGUCCGAGUAUACUAGAUAGAUAUAGGUAGAUAGGUAUAUGGAUAGAUAGCAGAUUAGUUAGUUAGUUAGUUCGUUACUUAGUAAUAAUGAGUUAGAUAGUUAGUGAAUGAGUGAAUUAAACAAGUUGGUAAGUAAGAUUUUAGGUAGAUAAGUAGGCAAAGAAAACACACACACACACACACACACACACACACACACACACACACACACACACACACACACACACACAC